UAAGCACUACGUUAAACAUGUUUCCGAUCGGUUUAGAAAAACGGGCGGACCGGGUCUGUGUGAGUGUGUGUGCGUGUGCAACCUGUUUUGUGGUCCGUCAUGGAAGUCGGUGUUUGGAGUCUGCGAUGGAAGAAGAAGCGCAUGAAAGAGCUCCGUCUGUGAUCGAUCGCUAUUAUACACGCUGGUAUAAAACAGACAUGAAAGGAAGAUUGGGUGAAGACCACUGCAUCCUACAGCACUCAAACAGGAUUUGCAUCGUCACUCUUGCGGAGUCUCACCCCGUCCUCCAGCAGGGCCGCAAAAUCAAGAGCAUCGAUUACCGUAUCAGUGAAGGAUGCAGCCGCCUGAACAACAAAGUUUCGGGCAAAUCGAAGCGAGGCGGGCAGUUCCUCACCGAGUUCGCACCACUGUGCAGAAUAACAUGCAGCGAUGAUGUCGAGUACACCGUCUUCAGCUGUAUCAGGGGACGCCUCUUAGAAGUGAAUGAAGACAUCCUGAAGCGUCCUGACCUGCUCCUGGAGAAGCCCUCUACUGACGGCUACAUAGCAGUCAUCUUACCCAAACUGGAGGAGAGCAAAACUAUCACCAAAGACCUUCUGACCAGAGAGCAGUACGAGGACGUCGUCUCUAAACGACUGCAGGAGUCUCUGUAAAAUCAACAUGACUUCAGGAAGUAAAAAAAAAAAAAAGAAAGAAUUGUUUCAGAUGUGACGUAGCCGACUAUAGAGUCGAAACUAAAGGACAUUCUCAGUGCAUCCAGUUCAUAUUACUUUUUUUUUUAUUUCUAUAAUUUAGUUUUACUAGAUUUGAUAUGGGACAAAUCAUUAAGUGAAAUUGAUUUAAAAUUCUGAAACGGGUCCCGGGAUGUGACAUUUGCGACCAAUAUUGGGCCGGUUUUGCUUAUUAUUAUAUGAUGUGUAUAUUACUAUAUCUUGGAGACACAUACAGAAUAUUGUAAAUACACAAAUAAACGACACUGCUCAAAAUGUAAGAAAAUAA